CAACACACACACACACACACACACACACACACUCCAGACCCUCCAGGAGAGCAUAGACCGCCUCCAAGAUGACCUCCAGGAGGAGAUUGAGGCCACCAAGGUGCUGAUUGGACAGCUGGACCCUUCAUCUGCCGUCUUCAUCCAAUCACAGAGCCGCUUACUGACACGUGGAGUGCUCCAGCUGGGCCAGGCCCUAUCAGUCAAGCGGGGACAAUUACAGGAUGAACUGGAGCAGCUGCUGGAGUUUGACUCUCUGUUUUCAGCUCUUGAGAAACAUCUCCAGGACUGGCAGGAGAGAGAGAGAGAGAGCUCAGACUCACCUACUGAUGUAACAGAGUCUGGGCUGCUGGACCUGAGUGCCCUCUCCCCAGACCUGGAUUGGCUGAAUGACCUCAGCUACACCCGCCCCCUGAGCGAGACCACCAAUCAGAGGCUGCAGAACCUGAACAGGAAGUGGGCAGCAGCCUUGGCUCGCUCCCUGGAGAGAUGCAGUGAGUUGCAGGCAGAGCGUCUCCAUCAUCAGGGCUUUGAGCAGUGCUGUGGGAGCUGGAUGGGUUUCCUUCAGCGCAUGGAGGAGAACCUCGCUGUAGAACUGCCUGGGACCUACACACAGCUCAGAGAACAACUACACACACACCAGCGGUUCCAGGCUGAGUUGACUCUUGGUCAUCAGAUUCUGCACUCUGUCAUUCACCAGUCCCUGUGCCUCUUGGAGAGGGGAGAAGUGGAGAACAGGAGUGACUUCCUGCUGACGCUGGCGCAGCUGAGGCAGCACUGGCAGAGUGCGGUGCAGAGGACGGCUCAGCGGCGCGCCCUGGUGGCCGGUCUGGUGCAGCACUGGCACGUCUACAGACACGGCCUCAGGAAGCUCCACAAGCUCCUCCCCAUCACUGCCAUGCUCCUCCCCCCCACAAGCCCCUCCCACUGCACUGUGGCGCAGCUCCGUCUUUCUCUGGAGAACUUGAAGCGGACGGAGCAGUUGUUCCAGCGGUGUCAGUCGUCGUACCUGCAGACUCUGGAGGUGGGCGGCCAUCUCUUCUGCGUGUCGGACGCGCCGACGCAGACGCAGCUGCAGACCGAGCUGGCCUCGCUGCAGGAGCACUGGGAGCGCGCGCACAGCAUGCUGGGAAAGAGGAGGAGCCUCAUGAGUGACAUCAUGAAGAACUGGGACAGCUGCGAGACCCGGCUGGCCGAUAGCGCACAGGAGCUGGAAGACAUGAAGGCCAGGCUGAAGCAGCCGAUCCCAGAGCAUCUGGAUGAGAUGCAGGAGGCAGAGCAGUUUGUUAAGGAGGUGGAGGACUCUCUGGAGGAGUGGGCCGUGCGGCUGGGCACGCUGAGCAGCAUGAAGAGCGACCUGUCCCAGUACCUCAUCACCGACGACGUGCUGCUGCUGCAGGAGCAGGUGGAGCAUCUGGGCGGACAGUGGGAGGAACUCUGCCUCAAAGUGUCUAUGCGUAAACAGGAGAUUGCUGACCGCCUGAACGCGUGGAUCGUCUUCAACGAGAAGAACAAGGAGCUGUGUGAAUGGCUGACCCACAUGGAGAGCAAGGUGGCCCACAGCACGGAGCUCAGCAUCGAGGACAUGGUGGAGAAGCUCAAGAAGGACUGUAUGGAGGAGAUCAAUCUCUUCAGUGAGAAUAAGACGCACUUGAAGCAUCUGGGUGAGCAGCUGAUCAGCGCCAGCAACAAGACCAAGGAGACGGAGAUCAACGACAAGCUGAAGGACGUCAACGAGCGCUGGCAGCACCUCUUCGACCACAUUCAGUCCAGGGUGAAGAAGCUGAAGGAGACUCUGGUGACGGUGCAGCAGCUGGAUAAGAACAUGAGUAACCUGCGCACGUGGCUGUGUCGCAUCGAGGCAGAGCUGGCCAAGCCCGUGGUCUACGGUGUGUGUCACAACGAAGAGAUUCAACGCAAGCUCGCCGAGCAGCAGGACCUCCAGAGGGACAUCGAGCAGCACACGGAGGGCGUGGCGUCGGUGCUGACGCUGUGUGACGUGCUGCUGCACGAUGCGGACGCGUGCGGGAGCGACCUGGAGAACGACUCCAUCCAGCAGACCACCCUCAGCCUGGACCGCCGCUGGAGGAACAUCUGUGCCAUGUCCAUGGAGAGGAGGAUGAGGAUCGAGGAGACGUGGCGGCUGUGGUGUAAGUUCCAGGAUGACUACUCUCGCUUCGAGGACUGGCUCAAGGCGGCCGAGCGCACCGCGGCCAACCCCGCCACCACCGACGUGCUCUACACCAGCGCCAAGGAGGAGCUCAAGAAGUUUGAGGCGUUCCACAGGCAGGUCCAUGAGAGGCUGACCCAGCUGGAGCUGGUGAAUAAGCAGUACCGGCGCCUGGCUCGGGAGAACCGCACGGACGCGGCCAGCAGGCUGAAGGUGAUGGUCCACGAGGGGAACCAGCGCUGGGACAGCCUGCAGCGUCGCGUCUCCGCCAUCCUGCGCAGACUCAAGCACUUCACGUCUCAGCGAGAGGAGUUUGAGGGCACUCGUGAGAGCAUCCUGGUGUGGCUCACGGAGAUGGACCUGCAGCUCACCAACGUGGAGCACUUCUCCGAGAGCGACAUUCACGACAAGAUGAGACAGCUCAAUGCGUUCCAGCACGAGAUCACCCUGAACACGAAUAAGAUCGACACGCUGAUCGUGUUUGGGGAGACUCUGAUCCAGCGCAGCGCCCCGCUGGACGCCGUGCUCAUCGAGGACGAGCUGGAGGAGCUGCACUCGUACUGCCAGGAGGUGUUUGGGCGCGUGUCCCGCUUCCACCAGCGCCUCACCAGCAGACGCCCGGUACUGGAGGAGCAGGAGCUGUCGGACCUGGAGGACUCGGGGGAGCUGGGGGGGGCGUGGCCAGAGGAGGAGGAAGAUGAGGAAGAAGAGGAGGAGGAGGAGGGCCGGGUGGGGGAGGGGCCCGAGGCGUCGGUGCGCCAGGAGACGCCGGUGAGCGUGGACUCCAUCCCGCUGGAGUGGGACCACACCGUGGACGUGGGGGGGUCUUCAUCGCACGAGGAGGACGAGGGACCCUACUACAGCGCCCUCUCAGAUGUGGCGGUGACUGAGAGCUCAGAGGCGUUUCUGGCGUCCACAGCCAAGGCACUGGGCUCUAGGCCUGUAGGUAAGGCUGAGGCCUCCUGGUCUCCAGACCCUCAUCAGAGGCAGAGACUCACCAUCAACAGCUCCUCCCCCACACACACCAGCACGCCCUAUCACACACCAGGAUAUGUUAAGCUCAUGUCGGAGUGCUCUGGCAGUAUUGACAGUGUGAAGAGAGUGAAGCUGCUCUUGAGCGACGAUGAGCUGUUGGGGGAGGAGCCAGGCCUCAAAUCAGUCAACUCAGCAGAGAAACAGCCAGGUGUGAUCGAGCGCUGGGAGCUGGCCCAGGCUCUGGGCUGUGAUUGGUCGGUGCAGCACGGCGUUGAGCAGUGGCAGCGUCUCCAACUGCACCUCUCCUCUCUGGACCGAUGGCUGAACACCGUCCUGCCAGAGCUCCACACACACACACACACACACACACACACCAGCCUCAUCCAGAUGGAGAACAGCAUUUGCAAGCUCAAGGAGAUGCAAAAAACCUUCACCAGCUACAAGGCCCUGAUGAUUUCGAUCAAUCUGAUUGGCCGGGAGCUGCUGAGUGGGCGGAACCUGCAGGGCGGAGCCAGUGAUGAGCUGAAGGAGCUGCAUGAGAACCUGAAACUGACCAAUCAGAAGUGGGCACAGGCCUGCGCCGCCCUCGACCAAUGGGAGAGCCGACUGCACAAGUCUCUAAUGCAGUGCCAGGAGUUCCAUGAGAGUCUGCACUCCAUGCUGCUGUGGCUGGGUCAGGUGGAGAAACGGCGCUUCAACAUCAACAUCCAUGACCAGACCAUCCACAGGGUGGCGCUAGAGACCCACCAAGACACACUCAAGCACCUGGAGGUCGAGCUGCAGCAGCGUCAGCAGGAAGUGCGCCCCCUGGUGGCGCUGUGCUCUGAGCUGCUGCUGGAGGAGGGCACACAGCGUCCCCUGGUGGCCGAGGGGGAGGAGGGCACACAGCGUCCCCUGGUGGCUGAGAGGGAGGAGGGCACACAGCGUCCCCUGGUGGCUGAGGGGGAGGAGCGCACGCAGCGUCCCCUGGUGGCCGAGGGGGAGGAGGGCACGCAGCGUCCCCUGGUGGCUGAGAGGGAGGAGCGCACACAGCGCCCCCUGGUGGCUGAGGGGGAGGAGCGCACACAGCGUCCCCUGGUGGCUGAGGGGGAGGAGCGCACACAGCGUCCCCUGGUGGCCCACAGGGAGGAGAGCACGGAGGCGCGCGAGAAGGUGCACGUCGUCAGCAACAAGCUCCGCCUCCUGCUGCGGCAGGUCGGACAGGACCUCCUUGUGCUGCAGGCGCGCCUGGACUCGUGUGUAUUGGGCAGUAGUGUGGACCCCAGUGGCAUGGACCAGGACCAGACGAGAGGGGCGUCCCCCCAGCACACACACAAGCCAGCGUCUGCGUCUGCGUCUGCGUCUGCGUCUGCGUCUGCAUCUGCGUCCGGGCCGUUCCUGCGGCGUGUGUUGCGGGCGGCGUUCCCGCUCCACCUGCUCCUGCUGCUGCUGCUGGUGCUGGCCUGCCUGGUGCCGCUGACGGAGGACGACUACAGCUGCGCCCUCACCAACAACUUCGCCCGCUCCUUCUACCCCAUGCUCAGCUACACCAACGGACCCCCCCCCACCUGAGACCCCCCACACACACACACACACACCAGGGCAAACACCAACGGACCCCCCCCCACCUGAGACCCCCCCACACACACACACACACACACCAGGACAAACACCAACGGACCCCCACCCACCUGAGACCCCCCCAUACACACACCAGGACAGACACCCCCCAUACACACACAGGACCCUGUGUGCCCCCCCCCCCUCCCCUGUUUUCUACUCCGUCUGAAGGGGUUCUCUUCUCGCUGGAUUAUACUACUGAGUCAGGGGUCAAAGGUCACCCCUCUGAAAAGCUGUGAUUGUAAAGAUGAUGACCACACUGGAGGAACUUCUGAAAAGCUGUGGGGGAGUGUGUGUGUGUGUGUGUGUGUGUGUUUUUGAUUGUAAAGAUGAUGACCACACUGGAGGAACUCCCCAUCCACUGGUCAGAAACAAAUGAGUCAUUUAUUUUGUAAAUUUUGCGAAAUCUUGAAUAUUUCAGAUUCAUUUAAUUUUCUUGUAAAAUUGCGCAAGUUGUCAUCACCAAAGGAUCAUGGGACAGGAGUCCAUCGGCACUUGUUGUCUGUGUCUCCCAUGGCAACGCUCCCUGUGAUGUGUCUCCCAUGGCAACGCUCCCUGUGAUGUGUCUCCAUGGCAACGCUCCCUGUGAUGUGUCUCCCAUGGCAACGCUCCCUGUGAUGUGUCUCCAUGGCAACGCUCCCUGUGAUGUGUCUCCCAUGGCAACGCUCCCUGUGAUGUGUCUCCAUGGCAACGCUCCCUGUGAUGUGUGCCUCCACGGUGGUAUCCUGUACAUAUCACCUGAAUGGAACUGAAGUUUCUACUGCUGUUAAUCUAGACGUGGGAUUUGAUUUGAUUUUGUUUUUAAUCUCUGUAGCUACUUUGCCUGCCAUAUGCCUUUGUAUAAGUCACACACACACACACACACACACACACACACACACACGCACACACACACACACACACAGGAGGUGAGGCAUACUGAUCAGAUAGUCUUCUGUUAUGGAGUUUAAUUUAUUAAGGCUGUGGUGUAUCAUGUUUGUCUUUAAAAGUGUACAUUUUGGAGAAAAGAAAAGAGAUUAAAUGAUUACGUUAAGAGGAACUGGAGAGUUUGUAAAGCUUUAAGAAGCUGUGUGUGUGUGUGUCUGUAGGCCAGGUGUGUGUGUGUGUGUGUGUGUGUGUGUGUGUGUGUGUGUGUGUGUGUGUGUGUGUUACGUUCCGGCUGGCUCUGUGGCUAUGUGUGGAUGUCCAUACAAACACAAACAAUGUGCAGAUGAACUAUGACCACACACACACACACACACACACACACACACACACGCACACAAUGCUCAAACAAACUGUGUGAGGAUUUCUGACUCUGGACAUCCCAGUUAGGUCAGACAGCUACCAAUCAGAAUCAGUGUGAGCCAGCCACUGCCAACACAACCAUCCCAGCAAACACACACACACACACACACACACACACUGUUUGUGAUUUUGACUUUGGACUGAUUUAUUUAUGAGAUGUAUAGGCUAGCCUGGGCUCAUUUUGACAUGAUCAAAUAAACAGACGGUUGCCAUGGA